CAAGAAUUGAUAUCAAUCAAAUCACGGGAUUAAAGCAUAGUUGGGGCAAGCUGUCCAAGAUUUCAAGUUUGGCUGCUAUUUGAAAGAGAUAUUUGGCCCCGGAAACGUGCCGUAAAAAGCCGACAAGAUGGUGAACAUUACAGAAAAGAUCAAAGAAAUUGAGGAGGAGAUGAGGAGGACUCAGAAGAAUAAGGCAACAGAAUAUCACCUUGGUCUUCUGAAAGGCAAACUUGCACGGCUCCGUGCACAACUGCUUGAACCUACCGGCGCCUCUGGGGGCGGCGGAUCAGGUUUCGACGUCAGCAAGAGUGGAGAUGCUCGUAUAGCGCUCGUUGGCUUCCCUUCAGUAGGAAAGUCCACUUUUCUAUCCAAAAUCACCAAGACAAGGAGUGAAGUGGCGGCAUACUCUUUCACUACACUCACUGCCAUUCCUGGUGUCCUUGAGUAUGGAGGUGCUGAAAUCCAGAUCCUUGAUUUGCCCGGUAUCAUUGAGGGUGCUGCCGAAGGUAAAGGUCGAGGACGCCAGGUCAUUUCUGCAGCAAAGACAAGUGAUAUGAUUCUCAUGGUUCUCGAUGCUACGAAGCGAGCAGAGCAGAGGGCUCUGCUAGAAGCAGAACUUGAAGCCGUGGGUAUCCGAUUGAACAGAGAGCCUCCGAACAUUUAUUUGAAAGCUAAAAAAGCCGGUGGGAUGAAAAUCACCUUCCAAUCCCCUCCCAAAUAUGUAGACGAGAAAAUGCUCUACAACAUUUUGCGCGAUUACAAGAUUCUGAAUUGCGAAGUGCUCGUUCGUGACGAAAAUGUCACGGUGGAUGACUUCAUCGACGUAAUCAUGAAAGAUCACAGAAAAUACAUCAAAUGUCUAUACGUCUACAACAAAAUCGACAGCGUCAGCUUAGACUUCCUUGAUAAGCUUGCCCGCGAACCCAACACUGCAGUCAUGAGCUGCGAGCUGGAUCUUGGUAUUCAAGAUGUUGUCGACCGCUGCUGGAAGGAAUUGCAGCUCAUGCGAGUCUACACUAAGCGACGAGGCGAAGUGCCCGACUUCAGCGAAGCCCUCAUUGUGCGCAACAAGUCCACCAUCGAGGAUGUCUGCGACCAAGUACACCGCACGCUAAAGGAGACCUUCAAAUACGCGCUUGUGUGGGGCGCAAGUGCUCGACACAUGCCGCAGAGAGUUGGAUUGGGCCACGUCGUGUCGGACGAGGACGUGGUGAGCAUUGUGGCAAAAUAGAAUUCGUCCACAUUUGCUGGCUAGAGUUUGGCAGGAUGGCAUGCAUGAAGGAAAGGUUCAGUACGAGAGAGCGAAGCACCGCUUCUCGUGUCAAAAUUUUUGUCAAGAGGCUCGCAAGGGUUAUUUUAUUUGAAAGUCAUUUGCAUCAUCAGGGCGUUUCUGAGUAAGGGAUUUUCUCAAUCAAAAUUGUUAGUUAAUCGAAGUAUCAAGUUGAGCAAAAAUGAAUUUCAACAUUUACAUAUGGUUCAAUCUCUCCUUGUGUACAUAUAAAUGUCGUUUGGUAGAAGGCAUGCUU